UUUUUACUCAUGUUCUUCUCACACGUCUUUAAUUUUGGGCUUAAUGUUGUCAAGCCAUUUAAAGUUUGGUCUCUUUCAUUCUCCUUAGCCCAAUGACCCAUUACUACUUUCCAAGUCUGUUACUUCCUCAUCUCUCUCUCUGACUCUCACUCGAUUUCACAAUCCCAAACCCUAAUUUUCUCGAGUCACUACCUCCUUUCCCCUUCUUCACCGGGGAGGAUUCGUCGGGGACCAAUCUAGGGUUUUUCAUUUUGGGUACAUCGAGAGUGUAAGCAAUGGAAUCAGAUCAGGGAAAGCUAUUUAUCGGCGGGAUUUCAUGGGAAACCGACGAGAAUAUUCUGAGAGAAUACUUCAGCAAUUUCGGAGAGGUUUUGCAGGUGACGGUGAUGCGAGAUAAAGCUACAGGUCGUCCCAGAGGAUUCGGAUUCGUCGCAUUCUCCGAUCCCGCCGUUAUUGAUAGAGUUCUCCAGGACAAGCAUCAUAUCGAUAAUAGAGAUGUUGAUGUGAAGAGAGCAAUGUCUAGAGACGAGCAGAGUCCUGCAGGGAGACAAGGGGGUUUUAAUGGUUCUAGGAGUUUUGAUAGUGGUGCUAACGUUAGGACCAAGAAGAUAUUCGUUGGUGGUUUGCCUCCUGCUUUAACAUCAGAUGAGUUUAGGGCUUACUUCGAGACUUACGGUCCUGUGAGCGAUGCGGUUAUUAUGAUUGACCAGGCCACACAGCGUCCUAGAGGGUUUGGGUUUGUUUCAUUCGACUCUGAAGAUUCGGUUGACCUUGUUUUACACAAGACUUACCACGAUUUAAGCGGUAAACAAGUGGAAGUUAAGAGAGCUCUUCCUAAAGAUGCUAACCCUGGAAUGGCAGGAGGUGGUGGUCGCAGCGGCGGUGGUUUCCCGGGCUACGGUGGUUCUGGUGGAAGUGGCUACGAGAGUCGUGUUGAUUCCAAUAGAUACAUGCCGCCUCAAAACGCUGGAAGUGGUUAUCCUCCUUAUGGUGCUGCUUCUGGGUAUGGUACUGGCUAUGGUUAUGGAAGCAACGGUGCAGGUUAUGGGGGUUUUGGAGGAGGGUAUGGCAAUCCAUCUGGUGCGCCGUAUGGGAAUCCUGGUGGCCCUGGAGCUGGUUUUGGAAGUGGUCCGAGACCUUCAUGGGAAGGUCAAGCACCAUCGGGUUAUGGUAACAACGUGGGAUAUGGAAAUGCUGCUGCUGCUCCUCCUUGGGGUGGUUCUGGUCCAGGUUCAGCAGUGAUGGGUCAAGGAGGUGCAUCUGCAGGUUAUGGCAGCCAGGGUUAUGGCUAUGGUGGAAAUGAUUCCUCUUAUGGAACACAAUCUGGUUAUGGUGCAGUCGGUGGGCGGCCUAACAGCCAUGGUGGUGGCUAUGCUGAUGUUUCUGAUGGGUCUGGAGGCUAUGGAAACCACCAAGUGAACGGGCAAGCUGGAUAUGGCGGAGGUUAUGGUAGACAAGCUCAACAACAGUGAUUGGAGGAAUAAAGACUACUGCAAUGGUGGUUUUAUCCCUGACCUCUGAAACCUCCACUCUCCGCUGUAAUGAUGCGGUUUGGCAAGGAGGUCGACCUGUGCUGGAUUAUCUAUUUUGCUAGUUUCUUAAUAAGUUGUUUUCAGUAUUUCAUAUGAAGUUGUAGUUUUUGAAGUUUGCGUGCUUAAUUAUAUUCUUGUUUAACAAUAACUCCAGAUUAUCGUUAUUUAUCUUUUUGUUGUAUUCAUUCUUUUGAAUAUUCCUUUAUUGUAUUUUUUUGGCCUUGA